CCUACUGAAUGUUUUGUCAACACGUUGAUAGUUAUGCCCCCUUGAUCGCGGCGCUGACGGAGCGGUUGCUCUGGCAGUGACUCCGACGCGGCGCAAUUCCGUCGCGGCUGACAAAGCUGCAGAUACGGUAGGAUGAAAUGCGGUCCCAAUUCAGGCUGCAUAUAACAUGUAGCUCGUUCAGAGAAGCAUAUGGCCAUGUCAAUUGAGCAUGUUUCCGGCGUCGGUCCUCGAGCGUGCGCUACGAGCUCUCCUCAACGAAUCGCCCGCCAUCAAAACGCGUCGUCUCCAGUCUUAUCUCGGCGAACUCGAAUCUUUAGAACAGCUUCAACUUUUGCGGCAGCUUCUGUGCGUGCGUUCGCCUCGCCCUCCGCUCUCACGGGAUGUGCUAGAGGACAUCGAUGCCGUACUGCUCCAGGAGCGCAAACACCGCAUCCUCACACCCGGUGCCUCCAUUCGCCCCAUCUCCACCCUCGACCGGCAAGGCCGCCCCUCUGUCAACAUCAAGCUCUGGAAAGGAGACAUUACGACGCUCGCCUCCGAUGUCACCGCCAUCACUAAUGCCGCGAACUCGCAGAUGCUGGGCUGCUUCCAACCGAGCCACAAAUGCAUCGACAACGUAAUCCAUUCCUGGGCCGGCCCACGACUGCGACAAGAGUGCUUCGACAUCAUGUCGGCGACGAAGGGGGAGCUACCAGUGGGCGAUGCCGUGGUUACGAGAGGGUAUUGUCUUCCGGCGCCGUUUGUCAUUCACACGGUGGGACCUCAGCUGCAGCGGGGCGACGCGCCGACUGAGGAUGAACGACAGCAGCUUCGCCAGUGCUAUAUUUCUGUGCUUGAAGAAGCAGACAGUCUACCUGCGUCGAGCGAUGGGGCGAAAAGGGUUGCGAUAUGUGGGAUCUCGACGGGUCUUUUCGCGUUCCCUACCACUGUUGCGGCUGGGAUAGCGGUCGGCACCGUUUAUGCAUGGCUAGCGCACCACGAAGACUCGUCGAUUACGGAUGUUAUCUUUGUGACAUAUACUGACGAAGACCAUGACAUCUACAGCUCCCUCCUGGAGACGCCCAAGCCUGGGUGGCACUCAGUAGCCUCACCAGCCAACUCACAGCCCAGGUUCCAGUGCGACACCCUCCUCAUAGCCCGCCGCUGGCUCCAAGAAGCCGACGCCAUCAUCCUGAGCGCAGGCGCUGGCCUUUCCGCCGCAGACGGACUCGACUAUACCUCCCCGACCCUUUUCCGGACGCACUUCCCCACCUUUCGUCAAUACGGCUUCAACCGCCUCUACGACGUCUUUGGCUUCGCCGACUGGCCAUCCGAGCUCGACCGCUGGAGCUACUACUUCACGCAUCUGGAGCUGGUUCGCUCGUGGCCCCAGUCGGAUAUGUACAAGACGCUUAUCGCGUGGCUGCAGAAAUUUGGGGAGGACGCUCAUGUGAGAACGUCGAAUGCGGAUGGGCUAUUUGUGGCGAAUGGCUGGCCUGAGGAGCAGACAUCUACGCCACAAGGUCAGUACGCCUUCUUGCAAUGCAUGGCAAACUGUCGCCCGGACUCGUACUGGCCGUCACUGCCUUAUCUAGAUGCGGCGCGCCCGCUCAUGGACCCAGCGACACAGCGGCUGAAGGACGAAUCCGCCGUGCCCACAUGCCAGAACUGCGGCGGCGCUAUGUUCAUCUGCGUGCGAGCAGCAUCCUGGUUCAACGACCAGCCAUUCCACACAGGCGAGACGCGCUGGGGAAACUUCAAGAGCAGGAUAUUGGCGAGUGGGAAGAAGACGGUCAUACUGGAGCUGGGCGCAGGUAUGAACACGCCGGGCGUUUUGCGGUGGCCGAAUGAGGACAUUGUUCGUGAGAGUCAAGGCAGCGUAAAAUUGAUCCGCGUCGGUUUGGGUGCACACUCCGGCGUCCAGUGGGAUCUGGAAGACGAAGGGCUUGCCACGAGUAUCGAUGGAGAUAUCAAGAUGGCCUUACCACACAUGCUCCCUUCACGAGACGGUAGACGCGCACCUUGACGACGUCUUGUUCGAUAGCGCGAAGAAUCGAGUUCCCACGUUUUUGAUUCACACCAAUCUAGUUCAAGUCGGGUAUUUUGCACUGCAUCCCGCAAUCCAAGCAGAG